AGAUCGUCAUGGCACUGGCGGAGGGGAUGUUGGCCGCCCUCAACAACGACUCCGCAAAGUCCAGCCCGUCAACACUACGAAACAGGAAUCUGGGGCAACAGUCUCCUCGACGCAACGCCCAUUGAGAUCACUCAUCUCAUGUGGUGAAAACGAGGUGCAGAUGCUGAAUGAUACAUCGAGACAAUCACUAAUCACGGCGAAAUGCAUGUAAGAUUCAUCGCAUGCCUGAUCUCCUUUGUCGGCUCCGUCAUCGCAGACAACUUCCAAGAGCCUCUCCGCAGUCCAUCAACCUCUCUAUCAAAGCCACAUCGCAUCGCAGUUGUUGGUGCCGGUCCAGGCGGCUCUGCGACAUCAUACUAUCUCGACAAAUUUGCGAGAUCUUUGUCCCUUCAUCGGCCCCUCGAGAUCACCGUCUUCGACACGAACACAUACAUAGGCGGACGGACUACGACAGUCAACGCCCUCGAGGACCCACGCUACCCGACCGAGCUGGGCGCCAGUAUCUUCGUCGAGAUAAACCAUAUCCUCUACAAUGCCACCCGAGACUUUGGCCUCAUACCCUCCGCAAAGAUAUAUCAGGCGGCGCCGGACUCGAAAUAUGAGCUGGGAAUCUGGGACGGGUUGUCCUUCGUCUUCACAUCCGCAACGGAAGAUGAUACCAGCUCGUGGAGCGGAUGGUGGGACAUCGCGAAGCUGCUAUGGAAAUAUGGGCUGAGCCCGAUCCGCACACAGAGGGCAACAAGGAAGGCCGUGGGCUCGUUUCUGGAAUUCUACAAUGAACCAGUAUUCCCUUUCCCCUCGAUCCAGGAAGCAGUGCUUAGCACAGGGCUGGUCGCCUACACCAGCGUCACAGGCAAGGAUGUCCUAAAUGCGGCCGGGGUGGGUGACCUCUUCAGCCGCGAGAUCAUCCAGGCCAGCACGCGAGUGAACUAUGCCUCGAACCUGGGCGGGAUCCACGGGCUCGAGACCCUCGUGUGCAUGGCAAUCGAGGGCGCCAUGGCCGUCGAGGGCGGAAACUGGCAGAUCUUCGAAGAGAUGGUCACGUCGUCGGCGACCCGUCUACUUUUGAAUACAACAGUGACAGACGUGAUCAAAGACACCAAGCAUGGCACAUUCACAUUACGGACCACCAACCCGGACGUCAAUGAGUUCCUGGGUACAGAGGACGAGGCGGCAUUCGACACCGUCGUCCUCGCAGCACCGUACCAAUUCGCAAAUAUAUCAUUCGCACCUGAACUGGCCAACCCACCCGCCAAAAUCCCGUAUGUAAGUCUACACGUCACGCUGUUCACCUCGCCGCACCGCUUGUCGCCGUCUUUCUUCGGCCUCGACACACAAGCCGACGUCCCCUCGUCCAUCUUGACAACACUACACGAAGGACUGGACGAAGACCUCAGUUCACGAAGGGGUGUCGACGCCGUGGGACCAGCCGGGUUCUGGUCCAUCAGCACACUCCGCGUCCUCCACCCAGACACGGACGGGACAUUCUUCGGUCCAACCUCGAACCAUUCCACAAAGGACUCUCAACCUCAAUACCUCUACAAAAUCUUCUCGCCCGCGCCCUUGACAGGCACAUUUCUCUCUGACCUGCUCGACUUCCCGCACAGUGCUGGCGAGAAGGACGAUCCACUCUCCGCGCUGUCCAAGAAAGAUGUAACAUGGCUGCAUGAGAAACUCUGGCACAGCUACCCCUACGAACUGCCCCGAAGUACUUUUGAGAACUUCACUCUUCUCACGUCGUCGGGAGACGAUCAAGAUCAGAAAGAAGGACUCUUCUACCUAUCCGGCAUGGAGAGCUUCAUUUCGACGAUGGAGACGUCCGCGCUGGCGGGCAUGAAUGUCGCACGACUGAUCGUCGAUCAACUACACUCACAGUCUUGACGUUACCUUGGCUAAGGUAUUAGAUAAGCUUACUCCUGCAUGACGGAGUGUCUUCUGUACCAAUGUCUUGCUCGGCGCUGGAGUUAUAAGGGCACUUCUUCCACAAUGCCCCGGGCCCACAUAGUGAGAAUGGUGGAAGACAGUGACUUUGGCAUUUUGGCGAUUUGUCCUUGGUCAACGGAUAGAGUGUCACUUUGGGUCGUCAAAGCACAGGGUUCUACGCGUUGGAGUAUGCUAAAGCUCACCUACAAGCUUGGGUCAUUGCGUAACUAGUGAUUCAAAGAGCCCUGAUUACAGCUUCCUUUCAAUGCUCAUGUGUGUCUUCUCAGCAUCGCUGUGCCAGCAACCGCCG